AUGGCCGUUGCUGCGCACGUCGAAGGGCAGAUUCUGCCCGUCCUCCCAAUUCAUGCCAUGAGUCCCCUGCCAAUUCACUCGGGCACGACAGUGUCUUCUCCAGAGUCCUUUCAACCUGAUCCUCCGAGGAACUUCGUACGCUCAGCCAGUUUCACCUACCUGCCUGCGUUAGAUACCGAGCACUCCGACUCUUCCACAAUCAAACGUACCUUCUCCGAACACAUCAUUUCCCUCCCCUCCGAUCCUAAAGUCAAGGUCAAUGACAGUAUGCAUUCAGCAAAUUUGGAACUCUUCCGACGUGUUUCCAGAAAAGCGAAGAGGAAAAUGCUAGCUGGCGCUCGCUUCUCCCUCUCUCCCGAUGACGACGAGCCGCAGCCGCGGGAAUCGAGCAACACCAACGGCGAUAGAGAUGGACAGCCAAAGAGCCUCGGCCGCUCUGUCGCAGGAACUCUUCGAACCAUUGCGCGGAAAUCAUGGGUUGGCUCUUCUUCAAGACCUUCAUCUCCCUCUCGACAAGAAAGCAAUACUCCAGAGAGAAAGCGAAGUUGGUCACCCAGUAAGCGAAAACUUGCCCAUGCUGCGAACUCCGUUACAGUCCCGGAGCCGGUGGCAUCAAGUCCUCCGCUACGGACGUCUCCCGAAGAACUCGAAUCCAAAUUAGAGGAUGCUAUACAAGGUCAAAGUAUUGACCGACGUGGUCCGGUCCCUAGCCCUGUGCACAGGCCACUUUCCAUCAUACAACCAAAGAGCAAAAGUGACCCGAAUAUGAGACGUAUGUCAAGAAACUCUUCGACAACUUCUUUGCGGAGCUUUAUGUCGAACGAAAGGUCACAAUCGAGACUUUCGCUGAAUAAGGUCCCCCCUCUGCCAUCUUCACUAUCCGCUGAUCGCUUGGCGGCUCUCAACGCUGAGGCACCACGGAGGAAGGAUCCUCUAUGGACUGCUUUCAGGACUCUGGAUGGCGAGUACAGUGGAUUUCAAGCAAAAACGAGCCUUCAGAAGGCCAAAGUGCUUCGAUUAACUCUGAUCCCGUUUCUUGUCAAGUACGAACACCACCCGUCCCAUAAAUGUCUGCGAGCCGAGGAUCUGGAUCGACGAGUAGUUAUUCUCAAUAAAUGGUGGACCGCAUUGCUGGAGAUGCUUCACGGAGCAAAUAACCAGUCGAUCUCUGGUACGGACAGGCCUGCAUUCCUGGAGUCUGCAACCAGGAUUAUGGUGAGGCCAGAAUGGAGGAUACCAGGCUUCGCUUCUGUUCUGGGAGAAAGUCCCCUACGCCACUCAAUUCCUAAGUCAAAGUCGACGAAUUCUCUCGAAUCGGAAGAAGCAGACUUUUUGGUCGAUUCUAUCCACCAAAAUGUGCGCAACACUUUUGUCCAGAACUUACUUUCUCAGAUGGAGUUUGUGACUAGCAUCUUGUCGCUACGUACUGCUCCCCAAAGUCUCGUCACCUUUGCCGGAAAAGCAUGUGCUUAUGCCUUUUUCUUCUGUCCCGGUGUGGGCGAGAUGCUGAUUAGGUUGUGGAAUCUGCCUUCACGCGCUCUGAGACGUGUAUUCAGACAAUUCGGCGUUGAGAAUGGAGAGAAGCUUGACUUGGUAUCCAGUGCAUUGGCAAGGAAUUUUCCGCCGUCAGUCCGCAGUCUAUGUGUGGGAUCUCAAGCAACAUUUUCACGCCGAAUUCAGCAACGCGGACCAGUUCCCGCAGGUUCGGAAAGGAUUAAUUGGUAUCAACCAUGGGUCGCGAGAUGGUCUGGUCACAACAGUGACCUGUUUUUUGUCUUCACCAAGCAGUACCACCUUCUGGCCUCCGAGUUUCUGACGGAAGAGAUUUCGUUGAAAGACCGCGCAGCUGUUCCUGGUCUGGUCCCGGUCUGCGCGCAAAUGUUGCUCAUUUUGGAGACGACGAUCUACCGACAAGCCGGUCAACUUGGAGUCGAAAGCUAUGCCACUGGUACUGGACCUCAUCUGGACAACCCAGAUGCCUUGGCUCCGCUGCCGAUGACAAUCGCAAAUGCAACUCGCUCGAUAGCGGAGAACCGCUUGAUUAUGUUGCUGCGGGAUGUCAUGGGAGAUCUGGCUCCUGAACAUUCGCUUCUACGCAACCUCUUUUUGUCCUCAUUUGACAGUGUCACCAAGGCAGCCACUGUCCAAAUCUCCUUGUACAAUAACGACGCAUGUUUUGUGAUUUGUGAUUUUAUGGAGGAAGUUCUUCCCAUCAUGUUCCGCUACCACCAGUCAUACCUUGAUACCCCAGUACUCGACUGGCCUUUCUGGCUAGAGGUCUGCAAUCGGAUGUUGCACAGUCAAACCACCCUAACCCAGAUACGGUCGAUUGCAUUUUUGUACAGUACUUGGUCCAUUCUAAUACAUAAUGAAGGACGGAAGCGCCAGUUGGUUCUAGAAUGUUUGCUGGACCGGAACACAUUCGAAAAGCUAUUUUGCCACUGGUCACCUAUGGUCCGGCAUUACUUCUAUCGCCUUCUCUGCUGGAAGGUCGCACGUUACGACGAGCACGUGUCGGACCUGGACUUGGAAAUUUUGCAGACAUUAGCAGCGAGAUUGAAUAAGUGUUGGGCCAAUUAUCAAUAUCUCGCUGCGGAAGCGGAGAUGCGAGGGGUUGUGGCACCAUCGUCAGCGCCUUGUUCGCCUGCACCUAGCCGUGUCCUCCUCAUCAUCCGCACCGACAGCCAGCCUAUUAUGACCCCGUCCAAGACACAUUUUGAAAGAUAUUUGCCCCCCGCGAUUGUCACUCAGAGCUCGCCCUAUCAAAACCAUUCUUCAGUUCUUAGCACAAUCCCCACGGCAGAUUCUCCAGCUCAAGGGAACAGAAAGCGGUGGAGUCUGUUCCGGGGUCUCAAUGUCUUUGGCACACCAGGGAACAACCGGCCAGGAGAAGUAACACCGCCCGGCAGCCCCGAAGAACACAGUGUCACCCCUGCCAAUGAUAGUCCGGGGCCAAACAACGCCAUCCUUGCACCCAAGCGACCAGCUACGCCUCCCCAUCAGGCAUUUUCAUUCAAAUUCUCCCUGGAACUCCUGCCAGGGCGCACAAGCAUGGAGAGCAAGAACCGGGUACUGACAGCGCCUCAGCUUCCGCCCAAUGCCCGAAGUAUCCUCACUGCUCGACAGAGCUCGGAAAGUGCCGGCAGCAAUACUAGUAACAGCACUGGUAGCGGUCCGGGCAGCGGCAGCAGCAGAGGCAGCGCGAUGAGCAGUGACGAUCGAGUUCGAGCCAGAGCAAUGGAAGUGAAGCCACUAAAGCCAAGGGACCAUGAAAUGAGCACGGCACGAUACAGCGGCCGAUCACUAGCGGAGUGGAACCAGGUGCUGAACGAAUGUCGCAGCUUCUAUGGCAGACGCAAACAGGAAGGUGUUCCACGAGACAGUCUGGUAGAGACGCCGACCUUGGGAGUGGAGAAUUUCCGCAUGUUGGGUGGUUGA